AUGGAAAAUGUUGAUAAUUUGGACAAUGGUAAGGAAUCUUUAUGUAAAGAACCAUUUACUAAACGAAGAUCUUUACGCAGGAAUAUUACAGAAUAUAGCUGUGGUAUUUGCAAGAAACCAUUCACUUCAGAAGAUGAUUUAUUAAAGCACAAGAAAAUCCACCAGAAACCAUUCCGCUGUGAAGUAUGUGAGAAAUCCUAUGUGUCCAAAAGUAAUUUGACAAGUCACAAGAGGUUCCAUUCUGGAGAAAGACUGUUCCGUUGCGAAAUCUGUGGGAAAUAUUUUGUUCACAAAUGCAAGCUUGUUGCUCAUAUGAGUAGCCAUACGGGAGAGAAACCGUUCCAUUGCGAAAUAUGUGAUAAGUCGUUCGUGAGUGUAAGCAACCUGAAGGAACAUAGGAACCUACACACUGGAGAAAAACCGUUUUGCUGCAAGAUCUGUGGGAAAUCCUUCUUCUGGAAAAAGAGUUUUGUUAUCCACACGCGUUGUCAUACGGGAGAGAAACCCUAUCAUUGUGAUAUAUGUGGGAAAUCUUUCGUGUCUAGUAGUAAUUUGGUACAUCACAAGAAAAUACAUUCUGGCGAGAAACCGUUUCGUUGUGAAAUCUGCGGUAAAUCGUUCGUGGCUAAUGACGAAUUAACCAAACACAACCGGACGCAUACGGGGGAAACCCCUUUUCGUUGUGACAUUUGCGGGGAUUCGUUCCUUGAUAGUAGCAACUUGAUAACUCAUAAACGGACCCACACGGGAGAGAGACCUUUUCGUUGUGAAAUAUGCGGGAAAUCUUUCAGGCAGAAUUCUCAUCUUAUAUUUCACAUACGAAGGCAUACUGGAGAAAAGCCCUUUCGUUGUGAAAUUUGUGGUUUGUCUUUCGUUUCUAACAGUGACUUAACGAUGCACAAACGGAGACAUACUGGGGACAAACAGCAUCGCUGUGAGAUCUGUGGGAAAUGUUUUGUCUCCAGCAGUGAACUGACAUCUCAUAAAAGGACUCACACGGGGGAAAACUGUGUUGUUUGUAUGAAGUCUUUUGUGUCUAGGAAAGAAUUGCUGGCGCAUAAAAAUACACACUUGAGUGGAACAUAUUCACCGUGA